CGUUCGAGCUACCCGAGUCGGUGGUAUGGCCAGGGCCAUCUUUGGACGUCCUCUUCGCCGGUCGCAGUAAAAAUCCCGUAAUAAAUCCGAACCUGAGCUUCAUUUGCAGCAUCAGAGCGCCGGAUCCAGUGGUGUAGGCUUGUCUCGCAUAGAGCUCGCUCGAAUUAAGGCGUGGCAUCCUGUAGUUUUCGUUUGGCACGGUUUGUAUUACUCUGUAGCUGCAUCAAUUCAACAUGGAUGAGGAGUAUGAUGUGAUCGUGCUGGGAACCGGACUCACAGAAUGUAUUCUCUCUGGGAUCAUGUCGGUGAAUGGGAAGAAAGUUCUGCACAUGGACAGGAACCCGUAUUACGGAGGAGAAAGUUCUUCCAUCACCCCUCUGGAGGAGCUGUAUAAGCGGUUCGAGCUUUCGGACGGACCUGCAGAGUCGAUGGGACGGGGCAGAGACUGGAACGUGGACCUCAUCCCUAAAUUUCUCAUGGCCAAUGGGCAGUUAGUUAAGAUGCUGUUAUAUACAGAGGUGACCAGAUAUCUGGAUUUUAAAGUGGUGGAGGGAAGCUUUGUGUAUAAAGGUGGAAAGAUCUAUAAAGUGCCCUCGACGGAGACAGAGGCCCUGGCUUCAAAUUUAAUGGGGAUGUUUGAGAAGAGACGUUUCCGGAAAUUCUUAGUUUUUGUGGCCAACUUUGACGAGAAUGACCCGAAGACGUUUGAGGGUGUUGAUCCCAAACAGACGACGAUGGGGGAAGUGUACAAGAAGUUUGAUCUGGGGCAGGAUGUUAUAGAUUUUACUGGACACGCCCUGGCCCUCUACAGGACGGAUGAUUACCUCGAGCAGCCGUGCCUGGAGACCAUCAACCGGAUCAAGCUGUACAGCGAGUCACUGGCUCGUUAUGGGAAAAGCCCGUACCUGUACCCGUUAUACGGCCUGGGGGAACUGCCUCAGGGCUUCGCCAGGCUAAGUGCAAUUUAUGGAGGAACCUACAUGCUGAACAAACCAGUGGAUGAGAUAGUGAUGGAGGGCGGCCAUGUUAUUGGAGUGAAAUCGGAAGGAGAGAUUGCUCGGUGCAAGCAGCUCAUCUGCGACCCCAGCUACAUUCCUGACCGCGUGCGCAAAGCAGGCCAGGUGAUCCGGGUCAUCUGCAUCCUCAGCCACCCCAUAAAAAACACCAACGAUGCCAACUCCUGCCAGAUCAUCAUUCCCCAGAACCAGGUUAACCGCAAGUCAGAUAUCUACGUGUGUAUGAUUUCCUAUGCCCAUAACGUGGCGGCGCAGGGAAAGUACAUCGCCAUCGUGAGCACCACUGUGGAAACUGCAGAGCCUGAAGCUGAGAUUGAGCCUGCUCUGGAGCUCCUCGAGCCCAUUGACCAAAAGUUCGUGGCGAUCAGUGACAUGUAUGAGCCAACAGAUGAUGGUUCAGACAGUCAGGUUUUCGCCUCACGAUCCUACGACGCCACCACUCACUUCGAGACGACCUGCAACGACAUCAAGGACAUCUACAAGCGCAUGACGGGCAGCGACUUUGACUUCGAGAACAUGAAACGCAAACAGAACGACGUGUUCGGGGAGGACGAGCAGUGAGGGAGGGGAGGAGAUGGAGAUGGAGGGAUGGAGGAGAAGGGAGAUGAGGACAGUCUACAGGGGAAACACACGGUGGUGGUCGCUUGUGAGGAGGGUGUUGCUUGUUGCUUAAAUUUAGACCAUUUAGAUCAUUUGGAUUUAGAUUAAAAAAUGAGAGUUAAAACAGCCACACCAGAUCACAGGCGGCUAUCAGCUGCCCUUAGCUUUCCUUUUUCUAGUCUCGAUCCUCGUUUCCUCUCCUCUUUCUCUCUCUCUUUCUCUCCCUUUCUCUUUCUUUUUCAAGUAUGUACACUUUAGCACAGAGGCACAAUGCUCUUAUGCUCACAUUCCCCCCGACGCAUCCUUCACAGAGCAAGGUCGCUACCUUCAUCUUAGACUUUUUUCGUGAACAUGAUAAGCAUCAUUCCAGCUACGUUUGAAGUGAAAAGUGAAACAUUUCCACGCCUUAUUUGUUUGUGAGUCGUUUUUAGUUUAUGAGUGAUGUCUCUCUGGCAGCAGCCCUCAUGUCUUUGCAUAAUAACCCACUAAUUAACGUUAACGAGUGUGUGAGUAGAUCGGAACUGUGAAAUCACUAUUAUUUUAAUUCAUUCCAAACAAUUAUGUGACUUUUUUUUUUAUUAUGUGACGAAAAUAGUACUGUUAACAUUUUAAGACACUAACAGAAACAGCAUGAAGUUUUGAGUAGGUGAUAUAAAUUAAAAAUUACAAUAAAAAUAAAAAAAAAUAAAAAUCUGCCUUUAAUAUUUUAAUAAUUAUUAAUAAUGCAUCAGUGACACAACAUCUCUGAACCUGUGUAUUUUGGCAUAUAUAUAUAUAUAUAUAUAUAUAUAUAUAUAUAUAUAUUGGGUUAUAUAUUGGAAUACUGUAAGCAGGACAAUAUGCAAUAUUGCAAUUUAAAAAAAUAUAUAUAGAUAAACCUGUCAUAGUAUAAAAACUAACUAGUUUAAUCUAAUUAAAACAGUGGGACCUGAACACUAAAUAACACAAUUUAACAAUAAAAUUCUACAGUAUUUUUUGGACUAUAAGGUGCACCGGAUUAUAAGGCGCAUUUUAAGCAACACUACUCGCAGUUUUUUUCACGUCUUAAGAAAACAAAACUGUAAUUCUUAGUCAAGUCAAACUAGUGCUGGAUUUUAAUCUACACAGAUUUAUCUCCUGGAAACUGUUUAUCUGAGUGAGUAAAGCACUUCAGUUUAUUUACAGAUCUUUAAGCUUAUAUUUGCAAUAUAAAAAAAAGGCUGAGUUUCUCCAGCACUAAGGCUGGGUGCAGCAGCAUUAGCGUUAGCCGCUAACUGCAGUGCUAGCAGGAUGUAUAAGGUGGCAUACUGAGGUUUUUUUGGAAAAUUGAAGGAUUUUAACUUAAGUGCACUUUGUGGUCUGAAAGAUAUGGUAUACUGAUUUUGGGAAACGCUAAAAAAAUGAGCAAAAAAAAGUAAAAAAAAUUGCAAUACUUGGAUAUAUAUAUGUAUAUAUACGAUAUAUAUCGACAUUUUCGCACAGCCCUAUUUCACUACAUUUUAUCUGUCUACAGACAUACCCAGCUUCUUUUAAUUGUGUAAUUUCUUCAGAUUUGACAGUGAAUUGGUUUAAAUUGAAGCCUGGACUAUGGACUAUGUUUUGAUAAUGCAGAUUAUGAUAAUGCAGAUUAUGAUAAUGCAGAUUAUGCAGCAAGAAUAAAAAAGAAUUGGAGUUAAAAGCCAUUAACGUUUGAGUUGCCCUGUGUAGAAGCUGGUAAAGCUGGAUUAAGCGAUUGAUCUAGGAAUCGUGUUAAUGUAAAUUUUUGAAUAAUGUGUCCUUCGCCGCCGCUUGACACUUAAACAUAUCUUCUCGCUGUUCUGGCUUUGUAAACUAGGCUGGACCCUGGUCUUAAGACUCGUUCUCUCUCUUUUUCUCUCUUUCUCUUUUCCUCUCUCUAUCUUUUUCUCUCUCUGUGUGUCAUUUCUGAUUGACUUUGUGAUUUAGCCUGUGUGCUGGAGUGUGGUUCCUCUGGUGAACACGAAGACAUGCUUCAGUUAACGCUCCAUAUUAACCCAGUUCUCACAGUUUUACACUUAAACAUCAGUGUGUGUGUGUGUGUGUGUGUGUGUGUAUAGAGUUAACAUGUACUGUUAUGUUAGUGACUAAGAUGUUGUUUUAAAUUUUGUUUGCAUUUCUCAGAUACUUUAUCCUUAAAAAAGAAAAUCUCAAGUGGCUCUUAUUGGUCGGUUGCUUUGUGUUUUGUUCUGUUCUGUUUUGUUGUCUUUUUUUUGUUUAAUAUAGAUGAUUUUUUUUGAUGAUGCACAGGCUUUUUUUUUUCUCCCUGUGCCACCUGAAGCUGUGCAGUUUGAGUAAUGACCUGUGCUGCUCUCAGUCCAGCUCAUGCAUCGGUUAAUUGUUCUUCUCUAAUUGAUUUCUUGAAUUGAUGUCUUUGUUCACAUUCCAGCUGAUUGAGAUGUGCGACAGUAGUUUUCUGCGUAGUUUCACAGGGAAUUAUAAUAUAAAAACACUAUUAAUAAUAAAGUACAAUUCCUUUCAAUUCACUUUCAGAAGGUCGUACUUCACGUUGCUUAUGGUCUCUCAGACCCACUUACUGUGCUGCAAGUCCUGCAUCAUUCAGUCUCUCCUCUUCUCUCACCUGUGUGUGUGUGUGUGUGUGUGUGUGUAAUGUAAUCCGACAGACAAAACCUUCUCAGUGGAAACCGAAUCAAAUAGCAUCAGUCUUACUCUCGGCGAAUUUAGCUCCGCUCAGAAUCAUCUCCUGCAUCAUUCUGACCGAUUUGAUUUCUCGUAGCUGUUUGAAUCUUCUUUUUUUACUUUUAUUUAUUUUCCAUGAUGUGUGUCAUUUAACUAAACACUAAACACUGACAUAUGAACUUCAGACAAAGCGGUUAAUGACUCUAAUUUGUGACUUUAUCACAAGUGUUUUGAGCAGUCUUGUGCAAUGAAUGAAAAAUAAAAAAUGUGAAUAAAAUGCUGAGAAUCUGA